AUCCAUGAGCAGGGAAGCGAAUGAAUGCUUUCAUUAUUUAGACUGAUUUUCAAACACUCUCCUGGAACAGCACUGCUCCUACACUGGAAGAUGAACACUGAGAUGAGGACACUCAGACUCAGACUUGUUCUAGUGGGAUUUGCGUUUUGUUGUGUCUCAUCUAAAGAUGUUUAUGUGUAUCAGAACAUUGUUGAAUGCGAGUAUGGCAAAGUGGAUUUGUCUGAUAUGGUCUACAUAAUAAAGCUGGUCUUCAACCAGAAGCUCAUGUGCAGUUAUGACUCGAGGCUGGGGAAAUAUGUUGGUUAUGAUGAAUAUGGAAUCAAGAACGCUGAUCAUUACAACAGUCAGGGCUGGAAGAUGAAACAGCGGAAGGAGGAGCUGGAGACACUGUGCAGAGCUGACGCAAGAUUCUAUGUCAACAGCACAAGGAGAAGGGUGCCGCCCGUUGUUACCGUACGUCCCACUAAGAAGGCUCAUUACGGUCAGCUGACCACCCUGGUGUGCCAUGUAUACAAUUUUUACCCACAGGCCAUUAAUAUCACCUGGCUAUUGGACGGAUCGGAGGUCACUGGCGACGUGAUCUCCACUGAAUUCAUGGAUAAUGGUGACUGGAGGUACCAGAUGCAUUCACACCUGGAUCUGGUGCUGCACAGAGGAGUCAGUGUGAGCUGCCGAGUGGAGCACAGCGGCCUGGAGAAACCUCUCGUCGUUCAGUGGGACUCGACCUCCCUCGAUACCAGAAUUGCAAAAUUAGCUGUUGGUUGCUUUUGUUUCCUUCUCGGCCUUAUUGCGGCCUUUUCUGCUGCAUACAUCUAUUACAAACGCAAGCACAGAGGUUUCUCUUCCCUUCCCCUCAAUUGAGCGCCUUUUUCAUUGAAAUUAGUUUGUGAUGUUAAGGGUUGAACCAUUGAUGAAAAUCAACUCUGCUUUUACAUGGAUGUGUAAAUGUUUGAUUCCCU